AUGCCCCGGCUACGGUUACGAUUGCCACUGAGCCUUUUGGUAGUGCUCUUCCUCGGAGCGGGAGGAGUCAGAGCGCAGGGAAACUUUGAAGAUGCGGAUAAGGCAAAUGAUUAUACGGAUCAGCAGUAUGAUUUAAGGCAUACCAUUCCAGGAGAACCAGGCAUCGAUUAUCCCAUACUGAGCGAGGUGCCCAAGACGAGCUUUGUGUGCAAAGGCCGACAUGAAGGUUACUAUGCGGAUGUGGAGAGUCGUUGUCAGGCGUUUCGUAUUUGUGCCCACACCGCUCGCUCCGCUCAAGGCUUUGGCUUCCUUUGUCCCAAUGGCACCGUUUUUAGCCAGCAGAAGUUUGUCUGUGAUUGGUAUCGCAAUGUCGAUUGCGAUGUCUCGGAGCGUUACUAUGAAAUGAAUCGGGAACACAGCGUGGGCAGUACACAGCAAAUGAUGGAACGUGUGCGUCAAAUGAUGGAGUAUCCCACCAUGACCAUAACAAAGGCAUUACAGCAACAACAGCACCAACAACUGAGUCCAAAACACACACAUCAAACGCUGAGCAAGGAUCUGAGCAGUGUCAGUGGUGUCCUGACCCAACCAUCUGCAGUUAGUACCGGCAACAAGGUGCUGCGUGGUGAGGAUAUCAAAAGUGAACCUCUGCCAGCACCACCCGCUGCCGAAGGCGAGAACGCUGAUGACAUCUAUGUGAAUUCUCUAGGGGAACUAUCCUCCGAUCCAGGCAUUCAAUUCGAUCACACUAAUGCCCACAUCAUUGCCGAAUAUCCACGUGAGUAUCAUUAUCAGAAACAAAAGACUUUUGCCGAGCGCGUCAAUGCGGGAUUGGAGGAGCUGGAAGAGUCCCCCAAUGCCUCCCAGGAGCAAAUGGCACCCGAGUAUAUCAAGCAAAUACGCAACACAAAGGAUGAGGCAACACAAUUGGAUUUGGUGUCAAAUAUCAACAAUUUACUGGAGGAAGUCUCCACGGAUUUGGAUCCCAGCGUUUCGGGUUAUCAAUCGAUGAGACCACAGAAGGUGAAGCAACCAUUUAGAUUCCUGAGUCGUGGCUUUGCCAUGCAACCAGACAAUGGCGAUAAGGAUGCCGGCAAGUCAUCCUCCGCCUAUGUGUACAACAGACCAAAACAGACGCCGGGAACAGUAAGAUUUACGCCCAAUGAGAUACCCAUUGAUGCUCACAAAGCCACUGAACACAAGCUCAAAUUCAAUAAUGAUAAAACCACCAGCACCACCACCACUACAACAACAACAACAACCACUGAAGCAGCCAUUACAGCUGCUGUGGAAGCUUUAUUAAUUGCACCCACAUUGCCUCCAGCUGAGGAAGUGGAGACAACAACCACAACAACCACAACCAGCACACCACGCACCACAAUUGAGCCACCUGCUGAUGUCAUAAACUACAAAAGCGAGGAGCCUGUGAUAGAAUCCAUUGGCCAAGCUGCUGCAUUGAGUGCCAGCCACACGUUCUUUGAGCAACUGCAGCAGGAGGCUGCACCACUUGACCCACAAGUGGCUGACAAGACGGAUGUGCAUGAGCAGGCGGAGAAGUUGCUGUUGGCGGGCGUUAAGCUGACCUCACACGACGAGGAGACGGCACUGCGCACAAAUCGUUUAACGGCAGGCAGACCAACCACCAGAAGCACCACCAGAAGCACCACCAUGCGCACCACAUCACCAAUGAGCACCUCAACCGAGACCGUUACAGAGAUUAGCAGCACGCAGGAACGCAUUCGCAGCUAUCGACGCUUUGCACAGAAACGUAACGCUGGCAGCAACACUUUGAAACGCACCACCAGCAGAAGCAGCAGCACAGCACCAACCACAACUACAGCACGCCCCACCACGCCCACACGCAGCUAUUUGGAGCGCUUGGCGGCAAGUCGGUUGCGUCUGUCGCGUUUGACGCUGGCCACAAAACCCACAACAAGCAAAACAACAGCAGCAGCGACAUCAACAGCAACAACUGCUACGACAACAACAACCACAACCAGCACACAACGCACCACCGCAUCGCCAUUGUCGCCAGUUCGCGCUGCCGGAGAUUUGGGACCCAAUAAAAAGCUCUCGGUGCGUCACGCAAAGGAGACAACCCAAGCAACAGCUGGGCAGCCCACACAUACACAAACACAUCAACAACAACCACAACCACUUCAAACACUCCAAACCACUUCCAGCCUUUCUCCUGCCUCUGCCUUCCUGCCCUUUGAUAAGUUAACACGCGCAAUUGUUGAUGAAUCCAUUUUACAGAACUUUAAAAGCAGUCACGCCCAGCAACAUCAACAGCAGCAGCAACAACAGCGGCAGCAACAGCAGGAACAACAGCGUCAGCAACAGCAGCACAACAGCAACAACUACAGCUAUCCCAAGCCAACAGCAGCAGCAGCACCAGCGCUUGCUAGUCUGACCAUACCACAACGUCCACAGCAACAACAGUUGCCUCCAGUAGUGUUGCCCACACAGCCUGCCAUUGUUAUUGCUCGUGCAGAGGGACAACGCAUCGCUCCGAAUUCCGCCGACAACAUCAUUACAACUCUGGUCAAUCAGCCUCAAUCAAAGGGCACGCAAUCAAGCUCAUAUGUGCCGCUUAGCGAUUUUUUGAACAACAAAUUUGGCAGCAGCAACAAUGAACAACAGCAGCAACAUCCGCAGCAGCAAUUGCAGCAACAGCAAAGUCAACAGCAACAACAACAGCAACAACAACAGCAACAACAGCUGCGUCAGUCUCAAAAUCAACAGCAGCAACAGCUGAGCUACAUAACGCAACAAUAUCAACAGCAGCAGCCACAGCAACAACAGCUCUAUCAAAUGCAAUACCAGCAACCUCCUUUCCAGCAGCAGCAGCAUCAUCAACAGCAGCAACAGCAGCACUUCCCACAGCAACAGCAAUCGCAUCGUCCUUCCAUACAAUCCAUACAACAACCUUAUCUGACGCCCAAUAUUUUCGUGCCCUACCAACAACAGCAACAACUUCUGCCACUCUUUCCCCCUCUGGCAGCAGCAGCUGCUGGCAAAACAUCGCAUAUUGCUGCCGGACGUGGCCAGCAGGUGGAUCACUUGAAUGUGCAAUUGCCGACAUUGCCCAACGGCUUGAUACCUGCACCGACAUUGCAGGUGGCCCAAAAGCGCAGCGACUUGAAGGCCAAUCAAUUGCAGUUGACCAGCAACAGCAACAAGGGAGCAGCAAUGAAUCAGGGGCAGGAAAUUGCCUUCUAUUCCGGACGCACAUCCUACCAGGUGCCGCAAAGCAGUGUUGGCCGUCUGCCCAAUGAUGUGACACAUCUGAGGCGUCUACGCCAGCGUCGCCAUUGAAAAAGGAAGGAGAAGGAGCAGUCUGAAGAAGAUCAGACCCGAGUGAAAUUACUACUAGAAGUCUAAGCUAUUAUUUAUAUUCCUUAAGUUAAUUUAAUCCAAUUGUAAAAUAUACCCCUAGUGCUCAUUUCAUA